ACGCGCAUGCACUUCACAUCUUCAACCCCUCCAGCUCUCGCAACGAAUUAACAAUCUCGACCUCGCGACCUGACGUGUAAUAUCUCCAGCGGAAUAUGGAACGGCGAUAGGAGGACUUGAAUUAUUCAAUGGCAGACUCUCCCGCCAAACGGCGCAAGACGUCGCCGACAACAUCGCUCCCCGUUGACGCGCCCGCAACACCCAGCCGUAUUCCAGUACCUCGACAAGAUGGAGCGAAGACAAUGCCUGGCAGACCGUCUUUUGCAUCUCCGACGAAGGCGAGUCUGGCGAAACACCAUCCGCAAUUGUUAAAUCGACCUUCGUCCUCAGGAUCUGGAUCUGGCAGACUAGAAAGUCGAGGCAAGGACCUGCAGGAUGUUUCUUCAAAAGCGUUGGGAGAGAUACAGUCCUCUACAGAAGGCCCGUCUGUGAUUACUGGAGAAGAGAGGGAGCGAUUUCAGUCGAAUGGGUCCUCUACACAAGAGAAUGAGCUGUUGGUGGAGAAGGAAACAGAGACUCAGCGGGCCACCACGCCGAGUGCUCGAAGUACUAGAUCUGUCGGAGGAGGACUAUCUACUAAGCCAAGGAGAUCGUCGCGCUCACCUGUGAAGCAGCCAGCAAAAGCGCCAGUUGAGGGCUCAAGUGGGGAUACUGCACAAGAGCGUCACGAGAAAAUCAACCCGUUUCAGAAGAAAGGUUUAAGGAGGUCACCCAUAAGCUCCCAGGCUGACGCUCCAGUACAAGAUAAUUUUGAUCCAUUUCGGAAAACAGGCCUGAGGAGAUCUCCCGUGGCACCAGAGCCUGCUGUCAACAUUGAGGAAAUGGUAAUCCAAACCGAAGGACUGGUAGACGUGUCUACAACGCCAACCGGGCCAUUGCCUAAUCAAACUGGAAUCGCUGAGAUUUUGGAAAGGUCUCCGAGGCCACAGUCAGCAGAGUUGGCCGCGGAGGUAGAUCUACGUCCACAACCUCAUGCUCCGGAGACCUCGAGCACAGUCCCAGUGGUAGAGGAGGCAGUCAUAACUCCAGACCAUUUUCCUCCACGCCCACGCACGCAGACUGCUGAGGUCGAUCGGUUCAAUCGACGUGAAGAGCCAGAACUACCUCCAACACCUACCCAGCUAGGUAUACCGGAUCCAGUUGUCACGACGCCUCCGACUGGAAUUCAUGAUACCCCAAGCAAGCGAGCUAGGAGGAGUAAAGCCCUAGGAGAAAAGCUGAAAUCGUCGCCCCUCAAACCUCGAGACCCGCCGCCUGAAGAGCCAGCGAAAGAGCCAGUAAAAGAGGUUGCUUCAGCGGUCCCUCCACCGAAGCCCGAGUCAGAGAAAGCUCCAAAACGUCGGAAAUCUGCCAGAUUCUUGAUACCAGGAGAUCCACAUGCCUCUAAGAAAAAGGCUCGAGAUGAUCUGUUCAAAGAACUCCAGCAACUACAGGCAGACGUCGCUCUGGCCAACGCAGAAAAUGAGCGGCUUCGUCAACGGUCCGAGUCCAAGAAAACGGGGCCGGGACAACCUGCGAAAUCAGACGAAUUGGCUGCUAUGCUACUACGUGCCACCGCCCCAGAAGCACCUCCAAAACCAAAGCCAACUAGUAUCUUCAAGUCGAUUGGCUCAUUCCUACCAUUCCAACCACGGAGGAGAAAGCAAGUUCAAUUACCAGUCACAGAGAAACCUAUCCCUUCUCAUCUACCAAUCCCUCUCGACGAUCCUCUCCCAUACCUUCAAGCCUUUAGUCCUCUAACAUUUACAUCGACCCUCGCAAUUCUGCCCUCGGAGCCCACCUCAUCGGACUCUUCAACUCAAGAGUUAGAGCCACCAAUACGGCAAAGGCAUGUGAUUCAUGCCUCCCACCCAUCAGGGCUCUUCGCAACCAGAUUUUCUAUGACAGUAGAUACCUCAAAUCUUUCUAUCACGAGCCUCGACAUCCUCAGACUCGACAUGAAUGCCGAGACAGAGCUAGGCACCUUCAUAAGAGACAGAGCAAGGAGGGAUGGACCGCUAGGUAAAGACGUCACAACGAUCUGUUGGGCCAUGGGAAGAUGGACCGAAGUCUCCAUCCAGCGAGCGCGAUUCUGGUGCGCUGUUGAGAGCGAAUUUGGAACGGCGCAAGCUAGGACGAAAUCCCUCUCGAGGCAGCGAAAGAAGAAGCGGAAGAGACACGGCUCUGUAGUUGAGGAUGAAGAAGAGGUCAACGCCGAAGGAGACGAGGCAGAGGAGUCCUCGGUGCAACAGAAGUGGACCAGGAAGCAGCUUCUGCCUCAAAUAGGACGCACGAGUAUGGGACUGGCUAAUGAAGAGGUGGAGCUGAGAUUCGAAUGGAGGAUUCGAUUCGAUUGGACGGGGGAGGUGGAUAGUCAUAUUGCUGCCAUUGCCAGGUUGCCGAGGAACUGGCAAGCGGCAGACGGAAGGGAAAGUCUGGCGAAGGUGCCGGAGAUGUUUACUAAGCUUGUGAAGGAAAAGGGGCCACUGGGUGCUGUAAGGACUACGAUAGGACUUUUGAUGCCGGCAUCGUAAACGGAGUAAUGAUAUGCGAAUGAAAUAUUUAACCGUUUGAUCCUUCCAACCUCGGAUUGUCGUACUUGUUGAUAUUUGGCCGCUCAAGAAUGGUCCAAAUGGUACGAGACCUACUUCAUUUAGAGUUCCUGCCGUCUUCUUUGAAAUUGGAUUUGGAUUCAUC